AUGUCGUUCGCUUCUAUCUCACGAGGGCUUGGCCGAUUUGCCUUGAAUAAUGCAAAUACAGUUCAAAGUCUUGCUCCCUAUGUGAUAGGUUCCACCGCCCUUGGAGCCCGAACAUUUGCAAGCAAAAAGAAAAAGAACCUCCUCAAGCAUGCUAAGGGAUUCCGUGGAAGAUCGAAGAACUGCUUUCGAGUUGCUAUCCGACGAGUUCACAAAUCUUGGCAGUACUCAUAUCGCGACCGGCGAAGGAAGAAACGCGAAUGGCACAAAUUGUGGAUCCAACGUAUAUCGGCUGGUGUAAGGCAAUACUCAUGGAGAUACUCGGAAUUCUUCAACCACUAUAGAAAAUCAGAUCUACAGAUGGAUCGGAAGAUUCUUGCAGAAUUGGCUGCAAAUGAGCCAUUUGCGUUCCGCUCAGUUUUGCAAGUAGUUGAACACCAAAAGAUGAGCAAAUAG